AUGUAUGCGCAGCCGGUUAACUGGUGUUGCAGUGAAAAUACACAGUAUUACAACGUGCUUCGCUUGGAUGUCAAUGCCAAAGCCCCAGCGCCCUCCUUGCGCAGACUUGGUGUCCGCUGUGGACAAAGAACGGGGCUCAAUACACCCAAUAUUAACAUCUUGUUGAGGAUCCAAAUCAAUGGACCCCGCCUGGAUCAACAUGCGGCUCCUCCCGGAAACGAGUUUCGAGAUUGUGAUGAAUCUCCUCAACCUUAUCGAGCUUCCUUUGUUCUCUUGCUUUCUCUUGUGAGCUUCGCAUGUGAGCUUGACAUAUCCAAACUUGCCGGCCAUCAAGGCCAAUCGAUUCACUUGCUGCUGCUGGUCGGCCAUCGACUCCAUUCAAUUUUUAGGAAUGCUGUCCUCUGA